AUGGAUGCGCGUAGAGCCACCACCACAGUCCCCAGGGUACGGCAGGUUGGAUUCUUCACUCCCAACGCUCCGCCAACUCAGCCGAGUCGGACUCAGUCAUUCCCUCUCGAUUCUAACUCUCCAUCACCCUCCAAUUCUCCAGCGAGCAACUCCUUAUUGCCCGUAAUGAUCCCUCCGCCACGUCACCUUUCCGAUAACCUAGCUCACCGCGCCACGUCACCUCUCCCUGUCCCCGAACCCUCUGCCUUCCGCCGCCGUUUCCGCGGGGACCACGUGGCGGUGGUCGGGAGCUACAAUCCAACUGAGACGCUCCUAGGCGCGUCGCCUCCGCUGGCGUCUCCUUCGAGUAGAGUGAUUGGAGAUGGAGAGUUCUCGGAGGAGUCGUCUCCUGGUUGGUUUCGGAGGAGUAAUUCGGCGAAAUUCGCUUCGAGUUUUAGCGGCGGGUUUGAUUUGACGUCGGUUAAGUCAUCAGAGACGUUGGGAUUUCGUCAAGAUCAAAAACCUGUUGUUGCUAGAUCCAAAGAAGAGAAAAGUGGAGCUGCUGUUGUGGAACCUCAGAUAAAUAAAGGGCGUUCUUCUUCUUCGAAUACAAAGCCAUUGAAAGAGAAAACAACGAAAGCUGAAAGACGUGCUUUGCAAGAAGCGCAACGUGCUGCAAAAGGUAAGAAUGUUUCUGAGGGAGUAUCUUCUAGUAGACCUGUGAAGCAGAAGCAGCAGCCGGUGCAGAAGAAAGAUGCUCAACAAGGUGCACCUUCAAUUGCAGCUUCUGAUAGGAAAGGAGGUGAACUGCCAUCAGAAAAAGAGAGGAGGAAAGAUGCCCCUCCACCUCGCAUGCAAUUUGAUGACAAAAGUCGAGUGGAGAAGGCUAAAAGGCGUGCUGUGGUCAAUCAAACUGAAGCUAGGAAUAGGGUUGAAUUGUUUCGACACUUACCUCAGUAUGAACAUGGAACUCAGCUUCCUGAUCUUGAGUUGAAAUUUUUCCAACUUGAUCCAAUGCAUCCAGCUGUUUACAAGGUUGGCCUACAGUACUUGGCUGGAGAUAUCUCUGGAGGUAAUGCUCGUUGUAUUGCAAUGCUUCAGGCUUUUCAGGAAGUCAUUAAAGACUACUCUACCCCACCAGCGAAAUCUCUUUCUAGAGACUUAACUGCAAAAAUCAGUAGCUAUGUUUCGUUUUUGAUAGAAUGCCGACCACUUUCCAUGAGCAUGGGGAAUGCAAUUAGGUUUCUAAAGAGUCGGAUUGCAAAGUUGCCUUUAACUCUUUCUGAAUCAGAAUCAAAAGCCUCCCUUUGUGCAGAUAUUGUUCAUUUUAUAAAUGAGAAGAUAGUACUUGCUGACAAUGUGAUAAUUAGGCAUGCUGCUACCAAGAUCACGGAUGGAGAUGUUCUUCUCACAUAUGGAUCAUCAUGCAUUGUUGAGAUGAUUCUGUUAUAUGCCUAUGAGCUUGGGAAACAGUUCCGUGUUGUUAUAGUGGACUCUCAUCCAAAACUUGAGGGCCAAGCUCUACUCCGUAGGCUGGUGGGAAAGGGACUGAGUUGUACAUAUACUCACAUAAAUGCUAUUUCUUAUAUAAUGCAAGAAGUUACUCGAGUUUUCUUGGGCGCUUCCUCAGUAUUAUCUAAUGGAACUGUGUUUUCAAGGGUUGGGACUGCAUGUGUUGCUAUGGUUGCCCAUGCAUAUCGUGUUCCAGUCUUGAUUUGCUGUGAAGCAUAUAAAUUUCAUGAAAGAGUACAGCUUGAUUCAAUCUGUUCAAACGAAUUAGGUGAUCCAGAUGCUAUUGCGAAGGUUCCUGGAAGAAUGGAUAUUAAUUACCUGGAUAAUGUGACCAAUAAGGACAACCUUCAGCUUUUAAAUUUAAUGUAUGAUGCCACUCCUGCAGAAUAUGUCUCUAUGAUCAUCACUGAUUAUGGGAUGGUAAGUCAUGAUCCCACCCACAAGCGUGCCUGUCAUUGUGCGCGAGUAUAUGAGGGAGCACUUGUGGACAUAGGAAAGUUAGUAACUAACUGGAGGAUGCUUUGUCUCAGUGAAGGAUCCUUAAGUAGUGGUUCCCUUGCAUGGGAUACUUCUGGUACAAUACUUGAUAUUUAUGGGUACAACAAAAGGUUAACAAAGAAUGCCCAGUUCCCCUCGUGCGUGGAUGCUGCUAAAUUACAGAUGGACUAA